GAACAGGUAAUCAUUUCCUUCAUUUCUUUCUCCCCAAUCCGAUGAUUCGUUUAUUUUGUCAAAUACUGUCACAAAUAGUAAGACACAGAACUUCACCAUUUACACUUAGCAUUAGCAGUGCUUACUUCUAUCCAACACCAUCUAAAUUCAUCAUCAAUCGCUUAAAUUCUGGACCUUUGCAAUCUCUUACACUUUCUUACCUCCAAAAAUCACGUGGAUUGUCUUUAGAAUCAGCUGUUUCAGCUUCUAAAAAGCUAGAACUCGACUCCACAAAGAAGCCUGAUUUAGUCUUGAAUUUGCUUAGAAAAUAUGGUUUGACUCAGACCCACAUCAAGUAUUUAAUCACUAAUCGUCCAAUUUUACUUUUAGCUGAUAAAGACAAUACCCUUAAGUCUAAUUUAGAGGUGUUCAAGUCUUUGGGGAUUUCUGGCAAUAGUCUUGCCAAAAUGCUUAGCAAGGAACCAAGAGUACUUGAUGUUGAUGCGAAGACAGUGGUUGAAUUCUUUAGAGAGAAUGGUUUUAGUGAUAAACAGAUAACAAUUUUGACUAUGAAGAGACCCAUAUUGUAUUUAUGCCGUGCACAUAAAAAUUUUAAGCCAAAGUUGGAAUUUUUCAAGUCCUUGGGCUUUUCAGAGCUUGAUAUUGCACAAAUUUUGUCAGCAGAGCCUUAUAUUCUAGAGAGGAGUCUUGAAAACACUAUUAUGCCUUGUGUUCAAGUCCUCAGGCGUGUUGUUGGAGACGAUUCAAAUGUCCUAAAAGUAAUAAAGGCGAGCUACCGGAUUCUUGAGGUUAAUGUGAAAAAGAUGCUGGAGCCAAACAUGUUAUUGUUGGCCAACCAUGGGGUGCCAGAGUCCUUGAUAUUGAAGGUAUUCUUGUUUCAGCCAAAAAUUUUGCUGCUAAAGACUGAUCGACUGAGUGCGAUUAUUGGCGAAGUUAAGAAAAUGGGUUUCAGUCCGACAACUUUAUUAUUUGUAUUAGCUGUUCGUAGCAUGUCAAUGACAAAUAAAGCACUCUGGGAUCGAAAGUUGGAGGCAUACAGAAGUUUUGGUUUGUCAAACGAUGAGAUUCAUUUGGCAUUUAAGCUGCAGCCUAUGUGUAUGCUCUCUUCAGAGAAGAAAAUAAGAAAAUUAAUGGACUUCUUUGUGAACAAAUUAAAUAUUAGCCCUUCAGUGAUUUCCAAGAAUCCAAACCUUAUGCUUCUUAGCCUAGAGAAGAGGAUUUUACCUAGGUGUUCAGUUCUGAAUAUUUUGAUGUCCAAGGAAUUGAUAAAUGAAGGAUUUAAACUUAUUUAUAUGCUUAGAAUGACUGAGAAGAUGUUUGGGAAGAAUGUAGUGACCAAGUAUCAGGAUCUGGUUCCUGAAAUUGUUGAGGCGCAUCAAGGCAGGGUAGAAUUUCAAGGCUUUUCAAGAGAUUUGAAAAUGUGAUUGAUCAUUGAUAGCAACAACUCACUAGGUGGUGUCAAAUGAUUCUUAGCUCAUAAUCCUUUCAGCACAAUUUGGAGGACAAACUUAUCUUUGUUUACCUUUCAGCAAUAGAUAGCUAUUAGUAACAGUAAUAGCUUAAAAGCUGAGCUUAUUUAAUGGCUGUCUGGUGCAUGACUAUUUUUAUUUUGAACAAGAAGCCUUCUAAGAUUCAAGAAUGUGAAGGAUUGUGAUACCACAAAAUCAUUAGGUGGUGUCAAAUGAGUUUGAGCUCCUAUCUUUGUCAUGCACACAUCAGUGGAAUAAAUUGAGCAUGGGCAUUAUAUACCUAAUAUUUUAGCUGAAAAUGCCUGAGGUUAUUAACGGUGACCUGGUGCAUCAAGCUUCACACUUUUGAACCCCCCCAUGAAGUGGUUUGCCUAAUUUUCUUCAAUAUGCCAAGGCAUUGGGUAGACUCAGAUCUUCAUAUUAGGUUUAACUGACCAAAAGAGUGUCAAUCAUUGUUCGAUAAGGUUGUGCCCAAUCCAUGCUUUUCCGUUGUCUUUUCUUUUAAUAUUUAUCUCUAAUAAUCUCUUAUUGAAGAUAGAUUAUGUUCUGACUGUUUGAUGGCAUCUCUUUGCUUUCUUAGUAUGCUGAUCUCUUGUUUGAUUCUUUUAAUUCAGAAGGAAUUUUAAAGUGCUAAAGCAGUGUGUUACUAUUGCUUGUCCAGUCAUCCCUGCAGCUACGGAGGAAUGUAUUACUUUUGCUGAUUCAAUAUCAAUCUAAUUUAUUAUCUAUAAGAGCCUGAUCGCUUGGAUAAGCACUGGUUAAAGGCUCUUCCAUUGUUCCUCAAAUGCUUGGGUUGCAUGAGCCAGGAUGGACUCGAUUCAUGAGUACGCACCAGCACUCGCAUCACAAAAUUAGACGCACAUUAUAAAGCUCUUAAGUCGUCCCAGUGUAGGUGUAGGUGUAGGUGAAUUCGGAAGCCUGUGGUCUUGAUCAAUCUUCUCAUAGCCUUCUUGUUGAAACCAAUAAGAUAAGCUUAGCGUUACCCUGUUAUUUGGAAGCAGUCUGCUAAUCUGCAGUAGUCUAUCGAAAAUUAGGAAUAAGUUGUAACAUCAUCCUUCGUCUUAACAGGAAAUAGAAGACCUAAAUGGUUAUGGCAGCAAUAGAAGUUGUGGUUGCCCUGUUACUAUCAUUCUGUAAUGGCAUUACAAAGAGCUCUUGCUAAGACAUUCCGGAAAUGCUACAUGAUUGCUAUUUUACCAAAAUUUCGCACUUGUUUGUGGCUAUCCUCGAUUUUUGUACUCUUAAGAAAAGGAAAGUUAUCAGAGUUUGAUUCUUAUAACCUCCAUUACUAAGAGCCAUGCAUGACUUUGGGUGCUACUUAGAGGUACUAAAUUUGCAAUGGCAAAUCAUUGCAAUGAGUGGUGAAAUUAUGCAAAUGGGUCCCGUCAAGCCAUCAUUUUCAAAACAUAUGAUCUGAAUAAUUGAUUUUCUAUUGCUUAUUUUAUGUUAAAAAUCAAAAGCAAGGGCAAGUGGUUUCCACUGGUACAAGCAUCAUGUGGAUGUAGAUUCAAUUGCAUGAAUUAUUUGACAAAGACACGCCAUGAUAAUAAGGCAAAAAGAAAAAUGAAUUUGGUAGGCCCUUUUAUAUAAUACCAAAAGGAAAGUUCAAGGAUGUACAUAUGUUCCUCUCUCUUAUCUGGUGACCACAUUGCCUUUCACUGAAGGCUUAUAACUUCAUUCUUCACAUAUGCUCUUCAUAUUGUUAGCCUAACCUUCGUCGGUGGCCAAAUUAACCCCAAAAAGAUUAGGGCUACUCUGCAGGAGAGGAGAGGUGGGGUCUGCUAUUGAUAAUCUAUUAAAUUAUGGAUGGAUAAAUCUUCCAGAUGGCAUGGCCUACUUAAUUAUUUCUUUAAUGGAUAUGGAGCUUUCCUCUCUUUUUCUCAUUCAUAGUUGUCAACAAUCUUUAUAUAAAGUGAGAAUCUGUGUCUAAAGUAUGCCAUCAUAUUUAUCUUAUUAAAUGUUUUAUUAUUAGCUAAUACAACUUACUGUAUUAUGAAUUCAUGAAAGUCAGGGUCAAUAAAUAAGGUUAGUCUUGAGUCAGUUAUAGCACCUGCAAGGUUGAGGUACAUUGCUAUUAUGGAAGGUCCCAUGUUGGGAAAAGAUUAAAUGCUCUCUCAUAAUGGUUUGAAAGGAAAAAAGAAAAAAGAAAAAACAUAACCAAGUAUUGACCAGAGAAUAAAAGCUUUAUCUAUUUUGUUGAAUGAAGCCCAGUUAAGUGUUUCUGCUUCCUUCUUGAUUUGCUCUUAUGGGUUGGAUGUGAUCAGUCCUUCUCAACCUAGAAGAUACGGAUUAAAUACCAGUUCUUUAAAUCUUUACAUUCAUAAUUAAGUUUAGCUUGAGGUUAAGUACACAUUUCAACUUGCAAUACAAAAUGAAAAAAUACAUAAUCCAAAAACAUAAAACUGCUAUGAAACAAGUUCUCUUUUACUAAGUACUUAAAAAUCUCACAAAUUUGCACUAAAGAAUUGCUUGAACAAAUGGGUAUACUUAGACAGCCUGUCUAUUUAUGGGCAAGUAACAGAGACACGAGUUCCAAGGAAAUGCUUUGUUUUUUUACUCUUCUGCCCUUCAAAGAUGGCUAAAUUGGCUACUCAUGAAGUUUUUCUCAGUAUUUAUUUCCUCUGAAAAAAGUAUAACGGUUGAAUAAACAAGGAAAUGUACUGAUUUCUUUUAGUAACUUUCUAGUUUAGCUCUCUGUCCGUUCUACUCUGUACUUUCACUGCUGUAGUAAAAGGUUUCAACUACCAAGCACCAACUGCAUUAUGGACAAAAACUCUUUCCAUUAAUGUUGGAGAAAGUCUACAUCUUGAAGCAAGAAUAGCAUGUGGGAGCACUAGUUCCGUCUAUUCCUGGUAUCCCACCACCCUAAAUUCUAAGAUAUACAGCCAAUAGCAGAUUUCAUUUAAUGCUCAUAAUUCACUAAUUGGUGUUUCCAUUGAAGAAGAAAGAAGAAGACAACUUUACAGCACACUUCUCAACGGAUCAUAUGGCUCAAGCCCUUUGUAUUUUCUUUGUUUCUGCUUUAGCCUUAACGGGUGGUUUUCAACUUGUUCAGUAGUUCAACACUGAGAAUCUUCAUUCAG